AUGAAGACCCUCAGCUUGGUGCUCCUGAGCCUGUCCAUUGUGUUGCUGUGUGUUGCAUCUGGCCAAGCCAGUUCACCAGUUGCUUCCUGUUGUCUGAAAACUACAAAUACCAAAGUACAACUGAACCUACUUCUGAAGUAUCAUGAACAGCAUUCUGUGUGUUCAGUAAAGGCAGUGCAGUUCGUCACCAUUCGAGGAAAAACUAUCUGCGCUGACCCUUCUGACUCUUGGGCACAGAGAGCCAUCAGUCAUCUGGAAAGAAAGUCGAAUCCAACAACAUCAAAACCCAACCCGGCAAAGACCACAAUAAAACAUCUCUCUCCAGGGAACUGACAGAGUCCACAGCAUAUGGAAUGGACAAAAUAAUCUAAUAUCUUGACAUUUGUUCCUUCUCAGUUUGAAUGAGAGACACCUCUUUCUCAUUAAUUACUUACCCAUAAACACUGUG